AUGGCAUCAUCCAUCAUCCCUCGGCACUACUGUUCCAACUUUGCCUCUACCCCCAUUUUGUUUCACUCCAAUACUCACUCUAAGCCUCUCAAUUACUCAUUCUCUCCCACCAAUCUUGGACUAAGAAGUUUCACCACUCGUUGCUCUUACCAACCAUCACCAACCCAUCAUUCUAAAUUUGAUGAUAAACAUAAAGGGAAGUCGUUUUGCUUCAAGCAAAAUGUGAUAUCUAUAGCACUAGCGGUCGGGUUAAUAACGGGAGUUCCUACAUUGGGAUGGCCUAACGAUGCGCAAGCAGCUAAUUCUGCGUUAUCUGAUCUGUCUGUAUUGAUAUCUGGACCGCCAAUUAAGGACCCCGGGGCAUUGUUGAGAUAUGCUCUUCCUAUUGACAAUAAGGCGAUUAGAGAAGUGCAGAAACCGCUCGAAGAUAUUACGGAGAGUCUCAAGAUUGCUGGUGUCAAGGCACUUGACUCUGUCGAAAGAAAUUUGAGGCAAGCAUCUCGAGCUCUGAAGCAAGGGAAGACUUUAAUUGUAUCGGGUUUAGCUGAAUCAAAGAAAGAACAUGGAAUUGGAUUACUUGAUAAGCUGGAAGCUGGUAUCGAUGAGUUUGAACUGAUACUACAAGAUAGGAAUCGAGGCUCCGUUGGACCAAAACAGAAAGAACUUCUUCAAUAUGUUGGAGGUAUUGAAGAAGACAUGGUUGACGGAUUUCCAUACGAAGUGCCUGAAGAAUACCGAAGCAUGCCUUUAUUGAAAGGGAGAGCAGCUGUAGAUAUGAAGGUCAAGAUUAAAGACAAUCCAAACGUGGAAGAAUGUGUUUUCCACAUAGUUCUUGAUGGUUAUAAUGCCCCCGUAACUGCAGGCAAUUUUGUCGACUUGGUAGAAAGACACUUCUAUGACGGCAUGGAGAUUCAAAGAGCGGACGGGUUUGUUGUCCAAACGGGUGACCCUGAAGGUCCUGCCGAGGGUUUUAUUGAUCCUAGUACCGAGAAAAUAAGGAUUGUACCUUUAGAAAUUAUGGUAGAGGGAGAAAAGGCACCUGUUUAUGGAGAAACUCUAGAGGAGCUUGGUCUAUACAAGGCUCAAACAAAGCUUCCCUUUAAUGCGUUUGGAACAAUGGCAAUGGCAAGAGAGGAAUUUGAAGACAACUCUGGCUCUAGCCAAGUGUUUUGGUUAUUGAAAGAAAGUGAGUUAACUCCAAGCAAUGCCAAUAUAUUGGAUGGUAGAUAUGCUGUUUUUGGCUAUGUAACAGAAAAUGAAGAUUUCUUAGCAGAUCUUAAGGUUGGUGAUGUCAUAGAAUCUAUUCAAGUUGUUUCUGGUUUAGAUAAUUUGGUGAAUCCAAGUUACAAGAUUGCUGGUUAA